UCGUUCUGGAAUGCAGUCGGAAAGCUGCGACAGCUCUGCUGAACACCAGAAGAAGACACACUCCUGCCUCCACCACCAACAUACAGAUGUCAGAAACAGCAGAGGCACAGAUGGAGCAGUGUUCUGGAGAAGAGCGGCAUGGAAGGGAUCCUGAGGGGGAUGUUCUAACAGAGGGUCAGUCGUUGAGCCCCAGCAGCAUGCAAAAUAAUUCCUGGAGGUCGACCAGGGACCGACGUUCUCUCCCUUCCCUCCCCAACACCUCCCAGACUAUAUGCAGGUCAAUCAGCCAAUCCCUACCAGAGGAGGAGAGGCAAGAGAAACUGAUGGAGGCUUCUAUGGGGCUGGCAGUCAAGAAGUUACAAGACUCACUGAGCACGACACCCAAAGGCAGUUUAGAGUCACUUCAGACACAAGUGGAGGCUGUACAGAAGGAGUGGUGUUGCCUGGCCAAAGACCUACGCAAUGAGCCGCAGUGUCAGCAACCUCCCACUAGCACAGCCAGUGACACUGAAAUGCAGAACACCAUGGAGCAGGCCAGGAAGGCUAUACACAGGCUGCAGGCUGAGAGUGCGUCUUGGGAGGCCCUGUUAGACAAGCACCGGAGUAAAGCUGAACAAUUGGACAGGCAAUUGGAGCAGUGCCUGGAGAAUGGGGUGAUGUUAGACCCUAGCUGCCUGGCCCAGUCCUCACAGAGCCAGCUCAUCCAGAACAAACCUGAUUACCACAGCGUGCUCCGCAGACAGCGGUCUGUACUGUCCACUGUGGAACUGGUGAUGGACACCCAGUGUAAGAUGGUCAGGGAGCUGCGGUCCAGACAGGAACAGGCUCAGCUACUGGUGAAUGAGACGAGCAGCAGAUUGGCGGCUGAUGUGGGAUUCCAGUAUCUCUCCUCUGACCCAGUCAGAGAUCUACUGGCAGGACCUCUAUCAACCAACACAUCAUCCACCGUAUAAUUCUAGUACCUCUGUUUUUAGGGUUAUCGCAAUACAGUAUCAUGGUACAACCAAACCUAGAUUUUUCAUGGCAAAAAAAGAUAACUAAGCAAACUGAAUUCUGGCUUUGUCCAAGCAGGACAAGGCACACCUUUAAUAGCACAGACUCUAUUGUGACCUUUUGGUUUCAUCCAGGUUCACUCAAUGAAUGACCUAUGAGAAAGCGCAGUCUGGCUUUUUCUAUAUUUAUGUAAUGUCUUAACUCUACCCAUGGCUCCCUAAUUUAGCUGUUCUCUGUGGUGGCUUGUGGUUGUUUGUAAAUAAGUCUCUGGUAUCUUUCUUCACGGGAUGAAUGUGGAUUUAUUCAGCAAACUGUCUAUCUAUUCUAUUCCACCACUACUAUUUGGGUCCUCCCAAAUGGCACCCCAUUCCUUAUAGUGCCCUACUUUUUUCCAGAGUGCUAUGGGUCCUGACGGAUACCGGUCUCCCUAUGAAACAUAUGCUGUUGGCCACCAGAGGGCGAUCUCAUCCUUUAUUUAAAUAGUUAAAUAGCUAAUGAAUAUUCACCUACUGUAAAAGAUGUAGAGAAAUAUGAACUUGCAGUGGAUGAAUUUUGGGGGUUUGUUUUGUAAGAUACCUGCUUUCCUUAAUUUUCCUGUACAUUCUUGUCUGUUCUUGUAAAAAAAAAAAAAUGUUUAUGCUAAAAAAAUUUUUUUAAUUAAACAGUAAUUAUCUGAA